AUGAACUUCGACAGCGAUGAUAGUGAUGCAGAGUACAUUCGUGCGCUCGCACGUGGCGAGGUCAAAGAGACGACACCGUCCCGAGCGAAGCCGACACCGCACGACAGAACGUUGAAAACUGUAACCAAGACCUGGAUUGCUUUCUGCGAAUAUCGCAGCAGCCCUGUCGAUAAAAGCGAUCCUUUCCCGACUAUUCCUACAGAACCCGAGCUCGCGGCCUUCCUUAUGUACUGCACAAAGAAGAAGACAGGCUAUCUCGCUGCCGGCAUCUCUACCAGCACCUUGAACAAGUAUCUCACGUGCAUUGGUAGCAUCGUUCGGGAACGACACAACGAUUACCUCGGACGUGACAUGAAAGUGAGACUGAACAAGUUCAUUCGAGAAAUAUGUGUCGAAAAGGGCGCCAGUACGAAGGCACGUCCACGGCCUGUCGCUACCGCAGAUGUCGUCCUCGACCUUGUUCACUUUCUUUGGGCUCUCGACAUCAAGGAAAUGCAUCCAAGGAUGCGUUUGCAACUGUCCUGCUUGUUACUCAUCUUUUUGUUUCAGGGCAUCCGCCCUGGAGCGAUCGUGGAGUCUAGCAGUCAUCCCGGCACGAACGAGGGCGUUCUUUACAAGGAUCUCAUUUUCAGAUAUGUAUUCUCGGAAGGGCGACCGCGUAUGACCGUGGACAUCAUUUACCGUAACCAGAAAGGGUCGCGCGGAAUUGAGCAGAAGAUCCUUGGAAUUGCAUUAUUAGAGGACGGCGACACACCUGAAUCAUGUCCGGUGGCCCAGCUAAUGGCUCUGGCAAUCAUGGACGGAGCGUUAGAGAGCAUUGAACACCCGGACGACCUCAAAAAGUUUGAGCCUAAUGCCCACAUCAAAGUCAAAGAGCUGAAGAUCCGCUCGACUCAUCGCGAGAAACCAGUGUUCCGUGGACAUCCUACGUCCUCGACCUCAAACAUCUCUGAAGACCGCAUCAUGUCAGGCGCUACCCUAGAGAACAAGUUCAAGGAGCUCGCUCAACGUGCUGGAUAUGGAGACAAAUUCUUGCCAUACUGCAUCAGAAGGGCUCAUGGACAAACUAUCGACAAUUCUAUCUCUGCUGCUGCUCGACGACGCCGUAUGGGCCAUGCCAACGAAAGCAGCUUUCAGCAUUACCUUGGCAUUUGUUCGAAUGCUGAUGGACAAGCGCUUAUGCUCGGCCGGGCUCAAUCGCUUCAGGACUUGCUUACUAUUCAUUCCAUGGCCUCAAAUGUACACACUGGAUUCGAACAGCAUACAGCGCCUGGAGGUGAGGUUCACCCCGCCACAGACGCGCUCAACCUGCGGGCGAUCCCUCGACCACCGACGUGUCCUCAGCUCGUAACAUACCUCCGAUAUCACCCAGAGCGGCUGGCAGUCAUUGAGAAGCUCUUCGAUCGAGCCACAUCCACGCCCAAGACGGAAUUCAGGCUGUGUGUUGGAAUAUGGCUCGCGGCAGCUAGCCGAACAUGCUUGCUAGUCUACCCCGGCACUGAGGCUCUCGCAAAGACUUGCCUUUGCGGACUCAAAUCGCAGAAGUUCCUGCGGCAUAAGACAGAGUACAACGCUCAUAUCCUGAGCUGCACUUCGAAGUCCCGGCCCCGCCACCGUUUCUGCUAUGCAUGUGUUGCAUGGUUCGACUAUGGCGAGGAAUGGCGUUUCCACUGUGCCCAGCACCUUCAAAAGCUCACACUGUUUUGCGGUAACUUGGUACAUGAAUCGAUUGUGCUCUCGCCAUGGCUGUGCCCAUUUUGUCUCGGCGAUGAGACACGAGAGCCGUGUUGGAGAUGGCGUCCAUUCGCGGGAUAUCGCUCGACGGACAGAUUCGCUAUGCACAUCGAUUGGCAUCUUGAUCAGGUUUGUUCGUGGCCUAUGCGGUGUCCACACCCCAUCUGCACGCAAAAUAUCACAUCGCCGCAAGGCUUUUGGUGCCACGCGGAAGAGGUUCAUGCUAUCAAGCUACCAAGAUUAGCGCUGUCCGAGGGCAACCAUGCAGACCUUACAAAUAUCGCUCGACCUCCUAGUGCAAAGCAACAAACCGGUCCCGAUCGCGACGUUGAUACAUGUUCGGGUACGGUCAUUGAUACCAAAUGUCGAGUUACCAAAGCGCGUGGAAAAUUACAGUCUGGUAGAACGAGCAGGGAGAGUGCCCAGCUGACGCAUCGGGCACUCUUCGCGUAA